CUGUUGGUAGCUUGUUACCAGGGCUUUAUGGAUAUUGUCUUCACUCUGGCCCAGUGCCCUUACGUUGAUGUCAACUGGCAGGACAAGGAGGGAAACACAGCUCUGAUUAUUGCAGCACAAGCAGGACACAUAACAAUCACAAAUUAUUUGCUGAACUAUUUUCCUGGCCUUGACAUCGAGAGGAGGAAUGUCCAUGGAUUCACUCCAUUGAUGAAAGCUGCAAUGCAAGGAAGAACAGAAUGUGUCAGAGCUUUGUUACUGGCAGGUGCAGACAUUCGUGCCACUGAUCCCGGGAGGCAGUUUACCCCGCUACAAUGGGCAGUGUUCACAGCGCGGCAUGAUACCACCUUCCUCAUACACAAACUGCUGGCCAAGCCUUGCCCUGAGCAGUUCAGUGACAAGUACAGACCCGAGUGGCCAAGACUAAAGGAACUUGUAGCCAAAGCAAAAGAACCCAGGACUUGUUUGGAAAAAAUCUGCGAGACCAUCAGGUCCACCCUGACCUUCAAUCUGCCCCGUGACCCCGAGGAGGAGGGGCUGAUGGACCACAUGGUCAGGAUGACCACCAGCAUUUGCAGCCCUUUCGUUGCGAUCGGGUGUAGGACAGUGUGCCCGGACAGUCCUCCCUGCGUGGGCAAGCGCAGGCUGGCAGUUCAGGAGAUCCUGAACCAGCAAAAGGCUCAGGAUAUCAAAGCUCAGGGAAAGGACAACACUAACGAAUACCAAAAAAAAUUUCAAAACUCGCAAGUGGUCCUGCUUACAAAAAUGAAGGACAGGAGAGCGAGUCUGCAGCCUGUGAACCUCGACCCCAGCCAAAUGUCUGUGGUUUCCACCAGGAGGAGCAGUCUACUGCCCCUGAACAUGAUGAGAAGGAGCAGUGUCCGACCAGGCCUAGUGAUGCCAAAGGUGCGUGUGAUCAAAGCGCCCACUCCAACCUAUCAGCCAGAACGGAUACGCAGGAGAAGCAGCACCCAGGAGAGUUAUUUUCUGGACAUCCCCAAGUGGAGGUAUAAGGAGCUGAAGGAGGAAAGGAAGAAAGCGGAGGAAGAAGAGGAGAAGAAGAAAGCUGAGGAGGCAGAGAAGCAGAGAGCAGCCAAGUUAGCAGGGAAUCAGAAAUCGCUGUGAAGGGGCUGUAUAGGGACAGAGAGAUCUUGUUAAACUAUAGCAAACAAAACAGCAACAACAAUACCUUAGUCCAGAUAAUUUGCACUUUUACUCGGUUCCUCUUAUCAAAUAGAAGAUGCAUUCAUUGAGAUGGAGAGAGUGAACGGGUGAACUGUCUAUGAACAGUAACAGAAUGCACAGGACCUCAGUUCAGUGGCAGGAGUGGGAAGUGUCGGGUUAAGUGCAACUUUUUAAUCGAAGAUGUUGUUUAGAAGUGGCAAUCAGAGGUUCUCUAUUUUCAGUUUGCUUAAAAGGUCCACUUUCAUAAUGGAAGGUGUUCUUAAACCUUCAGCACAAAAUGUACCUUUGGGCAAAAUCAAUGACUGUGUAACUUCUUUCAAUCACACAAUUUCAAACUGUGACCAGCGCCCAGGAGCUACAAUUUUUUUUUG